AGAUAAGUCAGGGAGGAGACAGAGCGGCUCUAGGCGCGCCACAGAGAGGAGCGAGGCGCAGGAGGCAGCAUGGACUGGCAAGACCACAGGUCGACCACCGAGCUGCGCAAGGAGAAGUCCCGGGAUGCGGCUCGCAGCCGGCGCAGCCAGGAGACCGAGGUGCUGUACCAGCUGGCCCACACGCUGCCCUUCGCACGCGGCGUCAGCGCCCACCUGGACAAGGCUUCCAUCAUGCGCCUCACCAUCAGCUACCUGCGCAUGCACCGCCUCUGCGCCGCAGGGGAGUGGAACCAGGUGGGAGCAGGGGGAGAACCACUGGAUGCCUGCUACCUGAAGGCCCUGGAGGGCUUCGUCAUGGUGCUCACCACCGAGGGAGACAUGGCUUACCUGUCGGAGAAUGUCAGCAAACACCUGGGCCUCAGUCAGCUGGAGCUCAUCGGACACAGCAUCUUUGAUUUCAUCCACCCCUGUGACCAAGAGGAGCUUCAGGACGCCCUGACCCCCCAACAGACCCUGUCCAGGAGGAAGGUGGAGGCCCCCACAGAGCGGUGCUUCUCCUUGCGCAUGAAGAGUACGCUCACCAGCCGCGGGCGCACCCUCAACCUCAAGGCGGCCACCUGGAAGGUGCUGCAUUGCUCUGGACAUAUGAGGGCCUACAAGCCCCCUGCACAGACUUCUCCAGCUGGGAGCCCCGACUCAGAGCCGCCACUGCAGUGCCUGGUGCUCAUCUGCGAAGCCAUCCCCCACCCAGGCAGCCUGGAGCCCCCGCUGGGCCGGGGGGCCUUCCUCAGCCGCCACAGCCUGGACAUGAAGUUCACCUACUGUGAUGACAGGAUCGCAGAAGUGGCCGGCUACAGUCCCGAUGACCUGAUCGGCUGUUCCGCCUACGAGUACAUCCACGCGCUGGACUCCGAUGCGGUCAGCAAGAGCAUCCACACCUUGCUGAGCAAGGGCCAGGCAGUAACAGGGCAGUAUCGCUUCCUGGCCCGGAACGGUGGCUACCUGUGGACCCAGACCCAGGCCACAGUGGUGUCAGGGGGACGGGGCCCCCAGUCGGAGAGUAUCGUCUGUGUCCAUUUUUUAAUCAGCCGGGUGGAAGAGACCGGAGUGGUGCUGUCCCUGGAGCAAACGGAGCAACACUCUCGCAGACCCAUUCAGCGGGGCGCCCCCUCUCAGAAGGACACUGCUAACCCUGGGAAUAGCCUUGACGCCCCUGGACCCCGGAUCCUCGCCUUCCUGCACCCGCCUUCCCUGAGCGAGGCUGCCCUGGCCGCUGACCCCCGCCGUUUCUGCAGCCCUGACCUCCGUCGCCUCCUGGGACCCAUCCUGGAUGGGGCUUCAGUAGCCGCCACUCCCAGCACCCCGCUGGCCACACGGCGUCCCCGAAGUCCUCUUUCGGCUGAUCUCCCAGAUGAACUACCUGUGGGAACAGAGAAUGUGCACAGACUCUUCACCUCCGGGAAAGACACUGAGGCAGUGGAGACAGAUUUAGAUAUAGCUCAGGAUGCCGAUGCUCUGGAUUUGGAGAUGCUGGCCCCCUACAUCUCCAUGGAUGAUGAUUUCCAGCUCAACGCCAGCGAGCAGCUACCCAGGGCCUACCACAGACCUCUGGGGGCUGUCCCCCGGCCCCGUGCUCAGAGCUUCCAUGGCCUAUCACCUCCAGCCCUUGAGCCCUCUCUGCUGCCCCGCUGGGGUAGUGACCCCCGGCUGAGCUGCUCCAGCCCUUCCAGAGGGAACCCCUCAGCAUCCUCUUCCAUGGCUGGGGCUCGGAAGAGGACCCUGGCCCAGAGCUCAGAGGACGAGGACGAGGGAGUGGAGCUGCUGGGAGUGAGACCUCCCAAAAGGUCCCCCAGCCCAGAACCCGAAAACUUUCUGCUGUUUCCCCUCAGCCUGAGUUUCCUUCUGACAGGAGGACCAGCCCCAGGGAGGCUGCAGGACCCCAGCACCCACCUCCUGGACCUGAAUGAGCCCCUGGGCCUGGGCCCCUCACUGCUCUCUCCAUACUCAGACGAGGACACUACCCAGCCCAGGGACCACUUCCAGCCAACGGCAGGCUCGGCCCAAGCCGACUGAGCCGCCUCCUCUCCCCAUCUGCCUUCUCCUCCCCCAGAGAGGACCUCAACCACACUCCAAGCCGGCAGCCAACGCACAGGAUGGGGAUGCCAGGAGAGGGGCCCCUCUCCUCUCUAUGUGCCCCCUGCCCACCUCGGGCCUACCUCAGCCCUCACCCCUCUGCCUGCUCCCAAUCUGGGGGCUCUUUGGGGUAGUCUCAGCUCAGUGACCUCUGGGAGGGGGUCCCUGGCUCCCUCCUCCUCCUCUCAGGAUUUCUCUUGGGGUUCUCAAUACUUGGUUACCUCAUUAUCCCUUUCUCUGCCUCUCUUGGCUUUAUUUUGGGGAAUUAGGGGUGGGGAGGGUUGGCGGGGGGUCAUAUCUGUGUUUCCAGGUUCUGGGGAGAACAAUGAUCCACAGGUCAGUGUGAUCACAUUUCCUUCU